ACCUCACUCAACCCAUCUCUCAACCCUCAACAACCCAAAAAUAUUCACUAAGAUUUAUUUCUUUUUUUUAUUCCUUCAUUGUUUCUUCCUACUCUUUAUCUUAUAAUUUCCCAUUGCUUCCUCGGUAAUUCAAGAUCAACUUGGAAAAUUUCCAAGAUUUCGGAUGAAAUCUGGUCGGAUCUUGCUUUCUGGGAUGACGAUUUUGGUGGGUCUUAUUUCUAUACAAACCUAUUCCUCUUCAUCUCCAUCUCUAUCUCCUUCUUCUUCCUUUCUCGUCUUCCUCCCAUAACACUCACCAAAAACCAUUCUUCCGACCACCCUUUUUUUUCCUUACACCUCUUGGCUUCUUCCUCACUCCACAUCUUCAAGCAAAUGGGGAUGGCUGCAGCAGAGUCGCAGUUUCAUGUGUUGGCUGUUGAUGACAGCAUCAUAGAUAGGAAACUCAUCGAGAGGCUCCUCAGAACCUCUUCCUACCAAGUUACUACGGUUGAUUCUGGUAGCAAGGCUUUGGAGUUUCUGGGGUUGCGUGAGAAUGAAAACACCAACCCAAGCACGCCAUCUGUUUCUCCCAACAACAACCAUCAGGAGGUGGAGGUGAAUCUUGUGAUAACAGAUUACUGUAUGCCUGGCAUGACAGGCUAUGACUUGCUUAAGAAAAUCAAGGAAUCUUCAUCUUUGAGAAACAUACCAGUGGUGAUUAUGUCGUCUGAGAAUGUGCCUUCAAGGAUUAGCAGAUGCUUGGAGGAAGGAGCAGAAGAAUUUUUCUUGAAGCCUGUGAGGCUGUCAGAUUUGAACAAGCUUAAACCCCACAUGAAGAAAACUAAGUUGAAAGAUCAAAGGCAAGUAACAGCAGAAGAGAUUGAAAACUCAGAAGUUCUACAGCAACAGACACAGCAAAUUCUCCAAAAUGACCAGCAACAAGCACCAAAACCGCAAGAUCCUCGACCAGAGUCAGAGUCACGUCCACAACCAACUAUAGAACAACAGCAACAAUCACUACAACAAGCCAACAAUAAUAACAAGAGGAAGACCAUGGAACAGGGGCUUUCACCUGAGACUGACAGAACAAGACCAAGAUACAGCGGCAUAGCUACUGUUGUAUGAUAAAAAAAAAGGUUAAAUAUGUUUUUUUUAUUAAUUUUUUUUGAGUAAAAAUUAAAAUUAGAUCAUCUUUCAAUUUAAUUUAGUUUUCUAA